AGAUUCUUCGUUUUUGCCUUUGCUGCCAUAGCAGCUGCAUCCGCAGCUUCUAUAAACAGCGAAUAUUUGCCACCCGUGGGGGAUAAUAGCCUGAUAACUCAGGAGUAUAUCGCACCAGAAGUGGAUGCCGAAGUCGCUCCAAUUGCCGAAGAUGGUUAUCGCUACAAGGUUGUACGUAAACUUAAGUUUAGACAACGUCGCGAUGUAAGCGAAUUAAUGAACAAUGAAUAUUUGCCUCCAAGCACCGAAACUGCAGCCGCCACUGAGGAAACUGUAGCAGUCGAGGAACCAGCUGUUGAAGCCGCCCAAGACAGCUCAGUUUUGGCAGAUGAUGGUUAUCGUUACAAGACUGUGCGUCGCAUUCGUUAUCGUCGUCGUCGUGAUGCCAAUGAAUUGCCAACCAACGAAUACUUGCCUCCAGUUGCUGCCACUGAACAGGAUGUUGCUGUCGAAGCCCCUGUUGAAGUUCCCGUAGAAGCUGCUUCCCAAGAAUCUGCUGUCUUGGCUGAUGAUGGCUAUCGUUACAAGACCGUGCGUCGCAUCCGUUAUCGUCGUCGUCGUGAUGUCAAUGAAUUGCCAACCAACGAAUAUUUGCCUCCAGUUGCUGCUACUGAACAGGAUGUUGCUGUCGAAGCUCCCGCAGAAGCUGGUUCCCAAGAAACUGCCGUCUUGGCCGAUGAUGGUUAUCGUUACAAGACUGUGCGUCGUAUCCGUUAUCGUCGUCGUCGCGAUGUCAAUGAAUUGCCAACCAAUGAAUACUUGCCUCCCGUUGCUGCCACUGAACAAGAAGUUGCUGUCGAAGCCCCUGUUGAAGUUCCCGUAGAAGCUGCUUCCCAAGAAUCUGCUGUCUUGGCUGAUGAUGGCUAUCGUUACAAGACCGUGCGUCGCAUCCGUUAUCGUCGUCGUCGUGAUGUCAAUGAAUUGCCAACCAACGAAUAUUUGCCUCCAGUUGCUGCUACUGAACAGGAUGUUGCUGUCGAAGCUCCCGCAGAAGCUGGUUCCCAAGAAACUGCCGUCUUGGCCGAUGAUGGUUAUCGUUACAAGACUGUGCGUCGUAUCCGUUAUCGUCGUCGUCGCGAUGUCAAUGAAUUGCCAACCAAUGAAUACUUGCCUCCCGUUGCUGCCACUGAACAAGAAGUUGCUGUAGAAGCCCCUGUGGAAGCUCCCGUAGAAGCUGCAUCCCAAGAAUCUGCUGUCUUGGCUGAUGAUGGCUAUCGUUACAAGACCGUGCGCCGCAUCCGUUAUCGUCGUCGUCGCGAUGUCAAUGAAUUGCCAACCAACGAAUAUUUGCCUCCAGUUACCGCCACCGAACAAGAAGUUGCCGUCGAAGCUCCCGUAGAAGCUGCUUCCCAAGAAACUGCCGUCUUGGCUGAUGAUGGCUAUCGUUACAAGACCGUGCGUCUCAUUCGUUAUCGUCAUCGUCGUGAUGUUAAUGAAUUUCCCUCAAACGAAUAUUUGCCUCCAUCUGAAUCUCAAACCGAAGAAGUCAUCAGUAUUGUUUCUGUUCCCGAACAGACUGCCGUCUUUGGUGAUGAUGGUUAUCGCUAUAAGACAGUUCGUAAACUUAAGCACAGACGCCAUUAA